CGUCCGGAGGGAAGGAUGUCGACGUUUCUUUAAAACUCGUCAUCAAGCUCCUCACCCUCUUCAUCAUGCCUCCCACCCAUCCGCCAAUGCCACAUUCAUCUAACCCAGCACCUAAUGCUUCAGCUUCAUGGGCUCCACCUGUCAUCUCCACCACCUCCACCCACACUAACACCACCAUCAAUCCAGCUGCCGCCGCUGCCGCCAAAUUCUUCAACGACCUGCUGGACCAGAUCCCCUUGCCACGAUGGGCGAUCUACACCAUCUUUGCGGCCGGUGUUCUGCUGAUCCUGCUCUGCUGUCUGUGCAUCUGCAUCAAGUGCUGCUGCAAAGGGAAGAAGAAGAAGCGGCAGCAGAAGACGGGUGAGAACAUCAACCUGAAGGGGGUCAACGGGAAAACCACCACAGCUCUGGUUCAGCCAGAUGUGGCAGAUGUGGACUACGGUUCGACCAAGAAGCAGCGAGGAAGGCUGCUCUACUCUCUGGAGUACAACGCCGCUCUGUCUGAGCUCAUAGUCGGGGUCAAACAAGCCGACAGCCUGAUGGCCAUGGACCUGGGAGGAAGCUCGGACCCGUACGUCAAAGUUUACAUCUGCCCCGACAAACCCAAAACCUGCGAGACCAAAGUGUUCAGACACACGCUGAACCCCGUCUUCAACGAACAAUUCAACUUCCAGAUAUCCAAGUCCUCCCUCCUGAAGUCGACGGCGGUGAUGAAGGUGUUCGACUUCAACAGAUUCUCCAAACACAACAUCAUCGGCGAGCUCAGGGUGCAGCUGUGCAACGUCGACUGGAACCACGUCAUCGAGGAGUGGCAGGACCUCGCCGAGCCCGCCAAGUUCGAGGAAGAAGAGCUGGGCGAGAUCUGCUUCUCUCUGCGUUACGUUCCCACCGCCGGAAAACUGACAGUGGUGAUCCUGGAGGCCAAAAACCUGAAGAGCAUGGACAUCGGAGGAUCCUCAGAUCCUUAUGUGAAGGUGCAGUUGGCUCUGGACAAGAGGAAGUGGAAGAAGAGGAAGACGUCCAUUAAAAAGAAGACGCUGAACCCUUAUUACAACGAAUCCUUCACCUUCGACGUGUCAUUCGAACAAAUCCAGAGGGUGAACCUGGUGGUGUCCGUGUGGGACCACGACGCCAUGACCCGAAACGACGCCAUGGGGAAGAUCUUCCUGGGCUGCGACGCCACGGGGAACCAGCUGAGGCACUGGGCCGACAUGUUGUCCAACCCGCGGCGGCCGGUCGCUCAGUGGCACAGCCUGCUGUCGGCCCAGCAGGUCAACUCCACCCUGAGCCUGAAGAAGAAGAUCCCCCUCCACAGCAAACUGCCCUUCUGACGGAAAACUCACGGCGGUCCUUCGCAGAAAAAACAUUUCACUCUCCAGAUGAAGAGAUUUAGAUUUUAUCUAUCAGAUUGAUUACUUUGUAUUUAAAAUGAAAGAUUAAUUAUAUUUUACUAUUGAAUCAUAAAGUGAUAUCUUACAUGAGCACUUCUUUCCUCCUGUAUGAACUGUAUCGUACGUCAAAGCAAAUUUCAUCCUCAAACUGUUUGAAGAGUUUGCUGU